AUCUAUGAGAUGGCAGCUCAACAAAUGGAGUACCGAGUGAGCCUAUUCAAUUCCAUGGUGGCAACGUGUUUUGACAAGUGCUACGAGAAGAAGUACAAGGAGUCGGAAUUGAAUCUUGGAGAGACUAGCUGUGUUGACCGAUGUGUUUCCAAGUACUGGCAGGUGCGAGGGAUCAUUGGCCAAUACCUUGGUGUUUCCGGCAGUGGGAUGUAA